UAUCAGGUUUAAGAAGUGAGGAGGAAACAGAGCGAUUCGAGUAUUUGGAAACGCUUAUAACAGUAUUCCUCAGCGCUUCUCGCUAAUACAACAAAGCGGUUUGGUUGAAUACGAAGAUACAAUGGCCAACAUAAUCUUUGCUGAGCAGGAGAAUGCACGUCUCCAUGCGCCAAGCCUGAAAAUGCGACAGCGGCUUCAGUCUGCACCAGAACAACUGAAAACUCCUUCAACUGCCAAAACCUUUGUUACUCCACAGCUAUCUAGUCGUAAGGCUUUGGGGACAGUAAACAAAAUGGUCUCAACUCCUGCCAUAAAUGUACAAGAGAAAAAACUCCUGAAGCCAGAGGGAACUAAAGUGAAGCCUCAGAAGAAAGUGCAGGAGUAUCCAGAAAUUGAAAAGUUCUUCCCUUAUGACCCUCUAGAGUUUGAUAAGUACAGUGUACCUGAAGACUUGGUUCCGCUGAGUAAGCUUGCUCUGCCUGGACUUGCUUGUUUCCCACAAGCAUCACAUCUGCAUCUGGAGGAACCAGAAAUACUCAGUCCUCUCCCAAACAUGUCACCAGUGAAGAUGCCAAAAUGUUCAGAUCAUUGCUCAGAGCUGGAUGCCUUUCUUCAGACACUCAAUGAGUUGACUGUUGAGCUUCCUCCAGAAUCUGUUACUGACUAAUUUUAAAUGAAUGUUCUUUUAUUAAAGGUUUUACUGAAAUAAAGUUUGUUUAUAAUAAA